ACAAAUAAAAAGACAAAAAUUAACACCACUGAACACAAGGUACAUAGAUAUAGGCCUAAAGCGACACCUGAGAACAUGCUAAAUUGUCAAUAUUGGGGUUAACAUGAGCGUUUGAACCUCCUUGUGCUAAAUCAUGAAACCAUGCGGUAACGACUGUUUGAAAACCAAUGCAGCCACGUGCGGAAUUAUCCGUGAAGUUCUGAGACCAUUUUGCCAAGAAUAUCCAUGGGCUUUUUUCCAAACUUGUUUCAAAAUCCGCAAACAUACUUCAAAGGGAAGAAGUGGGCAAAACGACAGGAGAAUAGUCGCUACGACCAGCACCGCAAUCGGCUACUCAAAGUAAGGCCUGUUGUCGACACCGACCCACCGAGGGCAUACCGAAUCCUCACCAAGCGACUGCUGUAUAAGCGAAGGAAGAUGGGAAUCGACACGCACGGCAUUCGGACGGACAUAGGACCAGACACGGAGAGUCUGAAGGACUGGAAGGCGUGUCGCCAGCGGCAGCCGUCGCCGGCGGCCGCGCUCGAGCCGUCGGCCGCCCAGCUGAAGCGGCUGAUCUCCGCUGAGGAGCUGACUCACUCGCUGGCCGAGCUGGAGCGGUCGGCCAGCCGGGCGCUGGGUCAGCCGCCCCCAACAGCAGCAGUGACAGAGGAGCGCCCCGAGCUCUCCAGCUCCCAGCUGGUGGAGCAGGUGCACGAGCUGGAGCGCUCGCUCACAGAGCUGGCGCCGCCGGCCGCACUGCCGCCGCUGCAGCCCUGGGUGGCCGUGCGCCGCGCCGACCGGACCGCCGGCGGAGCGGUUGCCGCGGCCGGCCAGACGCCCGGCAGAGCCAACAGCGUAGCGGCGGCCGGCGGCGGGGGCGCGCCGGCGCUCGGUCUGACCCGGCCCACAGGCCAGGCCGCCGGCGACUUCUGGGUCACCACCAGCCAGCCGCAGGAGUCACCAGUCACAUACGCAUCGAGACAGACGGCGCCCUACAUCACCAUCAACAACCAGAAAAUACCGGUCCUCAUCAGUCAGUACUCGGUGCAGGCCCACCAGAAGGUGCACCACACGAUGGCGCCUCAGGUGCAGGAAAUAUCAGCGUCAGAACCCAGGAACGUCAGUAAUGUCAUCGGAGAAGAAUUGAACGAGUCAAAGAUACUGACCCAAACUUUACAGCUCGAACGAAACCAAGUUCAACGGAGUAAGAAGCCAAUGCCUGCACCCAAACUUUCACCCAUCACUGAACAGGCAGCCAACAACGCGACCGCUGUCCAGCGCAAUAAUCCCGAGAAGAAUGAUACUACGCCAGGCCAAAAUGAAGAAACAGCUGAACCAGUAAAAGCGCCAGCUGGACCAGACACAAAGGAAGCCGAAGGUAAAGCAGAACAAAAUGCUUCCAAAGUCCCCGAUCAUGCUGCUGAGCCUAUUUGCGAAGUUGUAAAAAUUGACAGCGAAAAACGAGAUUCUAUCAGACCUGAAAGAGUAAAUGGCGGGAGCAAAGCUACUUCAUCAAAUAACGCUGCAAGCAAAGAGACAAAAACGAAAAAGCGGAGGCCAACCAAGCCUGCAAACACAGACACCAAAAGAGAGAAUCACUCCGACACCGAAGUAGAGACGAACGAACGAAAGCAUAAAAUCGAAACUAGUUCUCAAGACAAAAGAACAUCUUACUCCGACAACACCCAACCCACGAAAGUAUUCUUCAAAAAGAGGCCAACGAACCCAAAGAUCGAAUACGUUGAGUUAGCGGAGCGCAGCACCCAGACAGUGCAGCACACUCAGAGUGAAACGGUGACCUCCCGGGACGCUAAGCCUCCUCCCUCGCCGGAGAGGACGCCCAGUGGACGCUCAAAGAGCGAGCACACCAUCCAGCGGAGCGCCGACAGCCGCUCCACCAGCCGCCGGGCCGCUAAGCUGACGUUCGCCGUCAGCGGGAGCGGCAGCGGGGUGGCCGUCGGGCCCGACCAGCCGCCCGUCCGGCCGCUGGUGAGGCCGCUGACCGACCGCACUGUGGCCAGGGCGGCGCUGGCGCCCGGCAGAAACCGCUCCCCGUCACCGCCACUGCGGCCGGCGGCCAUCGAGGCACAGCGACGGGUCGGUUCCCCACCGCGGCAGCAGUCUGCCUCCAGCCAGCAGCAGCAGCGGCAGCAGUCUGCAUCCAGCCAGCAGCAGCCGCAGCGGCAGUCCGCCUCCAACCAGCAGCAGCAACAGCGGCAGCCGUCCCCAGCGGGCCACCAGCCCCCGCAGAGGCCGUCGGGAUCCGGCCAUCAGCAGCCGCAGAGGCCGCCGGGGUCCGGCCGGCAGCCGCCGCCGUCAGCGCCGCGCUCCAGUGGCCGCCGAUCAGUCCCGGCCACUCCCCGCAGUCAGCGCAGUCAGCGCAGCGGCGGCCGGGGCCCGCCGGGACCGCCGGACAGUCGGGCCAUCACCACCACCAUCCGACCGCCAGCGCGGCCCGGCAGCGGCCGCAAGACGGCUGCGCGCCGCCGUCUGCAGCGGCUCCGCGGCAAGGUAAAGGAGCCGCCCGGCCACCUGAGCCGCGGCAACGCGUCCAACAUCAUCACCACGCCCGGCGACAGCGGCGGCACGUCCGAGCGGCGCGCCACCCAGGCCAGCUGCGCCAUGUGCGUGGGCGACCAGCAGCCGCAGAACCGCACCGAGCGCGUGCGCCGCGUCAUCCACCGGGUGACAGCCGUCAUCAGCCCCGACUCGUCACCGCCGGCCAGCCCGGGCCGCUCGCAGCCGUCGCCGCGCGCCGCCGCCCGCCGCCACCGACAGCUGCUGACGCGCAUUGACGCGCUGGCGGCGCCGCGCCGGCGCUACACGGAGCAGGCCGACAACCAGGUGCGUCAGACGCGGCCCAACUGGCGGCCGCCGGCGGCGCCGCUGCCCGGCGAUCAGCUGUACCAGCGCGCCAUGCGCGGCGCCUCCUGCCGCAGCUGCAACAUCGUCCGCACGCCGUCACCCAUCUCAUCCAACCCGUUCGCGUUUAUGGACAUCGAGGCCGACGGCCGUCCGCUGGGUCGGCUGACGAUUCUACUCCGGGCCGACCUGGCGCCUCGAACAGUCGAGAACUUCCGAUCGCUCUGCACCGGGGAGUACGGCUUCGGAUACAAGGGCACUCUGUUCCACCGUGUCAUCCCGCGGUUCGUCUGCCAGGGCGGCGACGUCACCUUCGGCGGCCGGAACAAGCAGGCGCCGCUCUCCAUAUACGACCGACUGUUCGAGGACGAGAGCUUCGACAUGCACCACAGCGAGCCAGGUGUGGUAUCGAUGGUCAACAACGGGCCCAACACGAACGGCACCCAGUUCUUCAUUUGCGCCGCCAAAAUCACCUGGCUCGACGGCAAGAAUGUGGCGUUCGGCCUCGUCACCGAGGGCCUCCAGGUGCUAAGGAAGAUAGAGGCGCUGGGAACGGCGCAGGGAGUUCCUCUGAAGCGGAUCGUUGUUCACAAGUGCGGUCAGAUCAUCAACGACUGAGCCCGCGGUCAGAUCAUCAACGACUGAGCCCGCGGUUAGAUCAUCAACGACUGAGCCCGCGGUUAGAUCAUCAACGACUGAGCCCGGCAGCGGACGUACUUUCCCCGCUGCCAGGCACUACUCAGUAACGUCUGGCAGUGGCAUGUGUUGUGCAGCUCCGUCCUGUCCUAUGUCUUUCACAUGUGGAAUAAAAAUUGCAGCCCACUUACGGAAAA